CUCUCACGUGACUUAUUGCAACUUUUUGCUGCGUCUCCUCGAGGUCUCCUCGAGUUCAUUGUACACACAGUCCUUCGACGCACAGAAGGUGAGUGGCACAGAUAUUGGUGCGCGUGUAACACAUGGCGAGCACGAACACCGUGGCUGGGUCGUCUGACCCCCGCCGUACUAUGAUCUCGCCCGGCACAUUCUCCGAUUACACGACCUCUGUGCAAUCGGCUGCACUGGCUACAACUCGUAUUGCUGCUACUACACUACCACAAGACAUAGAGUUUCACCGUUCUAUACAUGCAUCAUUCGCUGCAGAGCUUGACUCGCUUUCCACACGAGUUCUCCAGCUUACCAACAAGCUUGUGCGACUUGCAGGCUCUGUGGAUAGCGGUGCUACUGGGCGCGGCACAUUGGAUGAUGAGGAUGAUGUAUUGGACGGUUUUAAAUCCCUGAUCGUUGAUCCAGUGGAUAGACUUUUUGAGAGGACAGAUAUGUGUUUGGAUGAUUAUAUGGGGCAUAAGAAAGAGCCUGCUAUCGCUGUUCCCGCUCUACCAAACCAGAGUAACAAUCUAUCAAAGAAAACCCCAGCCCCAAGAGGACGCCUGCACCCUGCGCUACAGCAUGCUUCUCAUUUACCAAAGCCUCAACUGCUGUUCAAUACAAAAGUGGAUAACCGAAAUGAGACGCCGUACAUCCCGACUCGUACCCUUGAACACAAGUGGUGUGCCCGUGUCCCGCUUGGAUACAUAUUCCACGACGAAGACCAGAGUGAGGGCAUGGACGAGGAAGAAAAACAAAAGCUAUCGGCGCACCCCUACUAUUAUGAGCUCACCCAUCCACCAUUCCCUACUCAUCUCUUCUGUCCACCCUCUACCACCAUUCUACCUGCUUCUCUCACAGGUACCGACGUCUCGAAGCACAUAUAUGUCUCGACUCCAUCUGCUCUUUCGUCAAUGGCUACAAAGCUCAAAGCAGCGAAAGAAAUUGCUGUCGACCUUGAACACCACUCAUACCGCACAUACAGAGGGUUUCUUUGUUUAAUGCAGAUUAGCACACGCGAGGAGGAUUUCAUAAUCGACUUGUUGGUACCAAGUGUGCGAGAUUCGAUAAGCAAUGCACUAAGUGAAGUUUUUGCCGAUCCAGAGAUUGUCAAGGUCUUCCAUGGCGCUGAGAGUGAUAUUGUGUGGCUUCAGCAAGACUUCAAUAUUUUUGUUGUUGGACUGUUCGACACAUAUCAUGCCUCAAAGGCCCUAGACUUUCAGAAGCAUGGUCUUGCGAACUUGUUAGAGGCGUUCUGCGACUUCACACCCGAUAAGCGGUAUCAACUUGCUGAUUGGCGCAUUCGUCCAUUGCCAGACGAGAUGCUCACGUAUGCACGCUCCGAUACUCAUUUCCUGCUAUAUAUCUAUGAUCGACUUCGACUCUCCCUUAUCGAGCGUGCACAGAUAGUGCCUGCUCCAGAAGCAUCUUUGUCAAGCACGGUAUCUAGUAUCAUCAAGGGCAGCAUAUCUGACAAGCCAUCACACGCGCUGCUGAAUGAUGUCUUGGCACGUUCGACUCGGACUGCGCUAAGGUUGUAUGACCGCGAGGCAUACGACGCUGAGCUUGGCAUUGGUACCGGCGGCUGGGAUACGCUUGCACGGAAAUGGAACAAGAGUGCAUUGACCAACAGUGCUAGCGAGAUUAAUGGCGUACGAGGUGGCGUAACUGGAGAUGUGUACAGGACAGUGCAUCGGUGGAGGGAGGAUGUAGCAAGGGAGGAGGAUGAGAGUACGAGAUAUGUUCUCCCAAACCACCAACUUUUCACUGUAGCCGAGCGGUCACCUUCCAACGCUGCUCAGCUCCUUGCGCUCUUCUCACACGCCAGCGUUCCGCCCGUCCUACGACGAAGAGCAAGUGAACUUGCGGAAGCCAUCAAGUCCACCAUGGAACAAGUGGGGUCUUCAGAAGUCACUGUUGAGGCUGUCACGGUUACUACAAGUGCCAAAACAGCUGACUCAGCUGCCUUGGCUGGAGUUGUUGUAGGCGAAGAAACUGCAAAAUCUAGACUAUGGGGUUCAGUGGAAGUUUCUUCUUCCUCGGUUGUUCAGCGUGCGUCGUCCUCAUCUCUUUUCGGCCCUCGGAGCGCAGCGGCCGCCGAAGGAAGUUCAUAUUCGGCUUCGCGAAGUUCAUUAUUCGGCGCCACAUUGCCGUUCCGCAGGACGCCUCACAGCUCAGCGCCAAUUAUAUCGUCCAGUAGCAAGAAAUUCCAUGACCUCGUGAUGCAGAUACAUCGGACCCUCGUCAUUGCGCCUAAGCAACCUCAGAUUACUCAAGUUCGUUCUCAGACAAUCUUCGAAUCCAGCGUCUUCUCGGGUUCUGGCUCAACACAUCCAGCAACGCCCGCCCCUGCCGUGACUUCAGCAGAAGCGCCUGACGGAGCUACUAUCUUGGGACAAGUAGAAAUUCCGUUUAUUCCUUCCGAUCAGCGGCAGUCCCGUCUCGCCCCUGUUUCAGACGAUACCAUUGUAUUCGUGGGUCAGGUCAGGCAGAAGAAGCGCAAGCGGAUCAAACCCACAGUAUCGGGCAAACCCCCAAUCGGAGAUCAGGAAGACACGGGUGAGGAUGAGGUAUUUGAUUAUACGACAGUGCCAAACCUCCUUGAUGAUGUCCCGCCUGCCCCCGAGGAGCUUGAUACGAGGAAGAAAAAGAAGCAAAAAGACGUCAAAAGUACUGGAGUCAUAGAGUAUGGCAAUUUUCGCGCACCACCGCGAGAUAUGCGCGAGGUUAAGAGUGGUAACAAAACACAUACGUUUAGAUGACCUCGAUCCAUCCGAAUAACGUUGUAUCUGUAAGGCUAUUUUGCCUUCACAUCCUAACAGGUGUUGUUCAUAUACUACGUCGCUCCUAUGUGUGGUCCGGACAACACCAGUGACUUCUGUUCUCGUGUGAGGGGGCACCAUACUGAGGUCUUCGAACAGGGAUUGCUUUUGUGCUAUUGGACUUGAAACUUGAAACAUCAAUUCCACGAGGCAAACGCAAAUUGUAGCCGUCGAUGCGUGAGCACGGCAGAAGGACCAAAUUGGUAGCAUCUUUCGAAAUCCAGAACAGACUUGCCUGGUAUUUUGUCGGAACAAUCUCCGGCGGUGGGUCGCUAGGCUAGGGUCACCUUCACGCACAA